AAUCGCUGCUGGGUUCUGUCACUCCACCCCUCCACAUCUUUGAAGUGUAGCGGAGGACUGAGGGCUGAAUAGAGAGUCAGAGUACCACCGGACCGGUAUGUUAUAUACUGCAGACCUUCAGCCUCGAUUUCAUCUUCCUAUUUACUCAUUUAUUUAACCACUGCACGUUGCCGCGUGCAUACGAUUGAGAUCUGACCAUAUACGAUAAACUCGACAUAGGAGAACAGCUGAUCUACGGAUGCUCGUGUCGGGGUUUAAUAUGGAGUUGGCCCACCCUUUGCAGCUAUAACAGCUUCAGCUCUUCUUGGACUUUCUACAGGUGUGUUUAUGGGAAUUUUUGAGCAUUCUUCUAAAAGCACAUUUGUAAGGCAACAAUCACCAGAGCCAAACAAAUCUUCAGCCUCUGCAUUGAGGUGCAUUUGGUCGAUGAAGGCCCCUCAUCAUUGUGAUGUAUAAUGGCUCCUGUUGCGAGUGCUGUGUUAGGGUCAGAGGUCACAGUUUUGGCUAAAGGUGAACUGGCUCUUAUAGGCACCCUAACAGCACUCUCUGUUUUCCUGCUGAUCUCGGUUGUGCUGCUGGUGCUGUGUGCGAGCUGUCAGGGGCAGAAAAAAGGGAGCGGGCCUACAGGAGACCAUGAGAACCUGAUGAAUGGGGUGUCAGAGAAGGAAACGUGCAGUCAAUCAGCAGAGAGUCACGGCACAGACUUGGCAUGCAACACCUCCCAUGAUGGUCUUGUCACAAGUGGUACAGUACUCACGGACACGAUGGACAGUCCCCAGGCUUCAGAGGACAUGCUGUCCAGCCAAUCAGAGAUCAGGUCCUCCAAGUAUCAUCAGGACCGAGAAUUACCCAGCAUUCCACCCACCGAUGCCCUCAAUGCAGCCGUGCUCAAUGGUGAAGCUGCCCCGGGAGACGGCACGUACGAGGUGGUGAAGGAGGCCGCGUCCCGAGACGUCAGCGCGGAGGACUCUCUGUACGAGACGGUGAAGGAGCUGAAAGACGUCGGCCUCCCCAACGGUACGCUCAACAUAGAGGAACCGGCCGCACCCCUGGUCAACAGUCACCCGAGCCCAGCAACGCCAGACCGGUCGGUGCUGCCCGAUGGCGUCGAGUACGCCUCCGUUAACCUCAGCAAGAAAAUCCGCCACAGCACAGACAUGGAGGCCAGGCGCUCAGCCGCCAUCGUUUAUCAUGUGGAGCCGGAGGAAGACAAACCACCUCCAGUUCCAGACAAAGUUUUGGACGAGAAUGACAACCAACAGAUUCAGGAGCUUUCAAAUGGACAGUUAAACUCCUCGUCGUUGACUCCAGAGCUGCAUGAUAACAUGUCUCCGGAUGAUGACUUAUCAGAAAUGUACUCCAAGGUAGGGAAGGCGGUUAUUGAGGAAACAGAUCACGACUACAGCAGCAUCGCAGAGAUCAAGGGUCUGGUGCCGGAGUCGACUUCGAGUGAUCUUUACGCCACAGUCAGGGAUGAAUUCCCCAUCGUUCCUGGUUCUCAAUCUCAGGAGGAGCUUACAGAGAAUGGAGAACCGGGGUACGAGAGCAUUAAGAUUCCCAAAGCAGUUGAAGAGACUGAUCAGAGUAACGGGAAAGUGGAACCAGACUAUGAAAGCGUUGGAGAACUGGAUCUGAACCGGGAGAUCUCUCGUCUUUGACCGUGGAUACUGGGAACUCGUUUGUUAUUCGACGUAGAAUCUGGGGUGAUAUUUUAAGUAUAAUGCACUUAACCCUUCAUGGGACAAUUCACUAAACAUGAUAUAGCAUAAUUCGCAUAACAUGUAUGAGCAGCUGAUUUACUACAGGAAUUAGUCGAUUAUUGUAGCUAUCACCCAAACAAAAGAAGCACACCCAAAAAUAGUGUUAAACGUUGCUUGCGCGCUGUAAUUCAUGUGGUGAACGAUGAACUGUAAAGCACUGCUCAAGGCACCUAAAGAAAAUAUAAGCCCAGUUAUUAUAUGAUCAAAAGAUAAUCAACGUAAAAAAAAUUUAACUGCGCCAGGUGAAUAGUAUUGUGAAUGAAACUUUAUAUAUAAAAAGCCAAAUUUUGCAGAAGGCGGCAUUUGUGCACUGAAAAAAAUAAUAAUACAACAGCACUAUGCCACAGUGUUAUUUGCUCAUUUAACUUGAUUGUUAGUGGUUAGUGAAAAUGACGCAUGCAAAAGUGCCACAACGGUUUAGUGAAUCACCCCUGAAACUUUCAGAGUACAGCAUUUAUGCACCCCUUGGUUUCAAUGUGGCGUUAAAGCCAUGAAGAUCUACUUGUAAACAAUAUCACAGUCAUCUUGACCCAGCACAAGAAAUGAAACACCCCUAAGUGGGUUUGCUAUGCUAUUAAUAUGAAGAUGUGGGCACAGCGGUGCCCCUUUUAUAUCAACUGUCCUCUUAAGAGACAUAUUCAUAACGUGUACUAGACGUUUUCACGUUUUUGCACGCUGCAUCUGCUGUGAUCAUUUUCACAUGAUACAAUUCAAGCAAAAAACAAGUCGGUGUCCUUACAUUAUCCUAAAAAUACAACCAGAGGUACAGCAGGACUUUCAGCCAAUAAGGAACUUCACUCAUCUGUAUGAUUCAGAACUGCUGCAGGUCCACAAAAGAUGAUGUAGUAAGCAGGUGAUGCAUAUCAAAUGAAAUGUUUAAAUGUAGCCGCACUUUUGAGACACUUAAGGGCCUCAGGUGUGAAAAUGAAGUUUAAGGUACGCAAAGUACUCAUGUGAGUGUGUCUUAAUAGGAUGUUAUCCUUUUCUGAUGUGACUUUAAGUCCUUUAAAUGCCACUUAUGAUGUUUUUGAGUUAUGUUACGUCAAUAUGAAAUGUUGUUUUUAAUUCAUGCAGCUGUAUUGAUAGCGUGUAUCAAGGUUUUGACAUAUAAUAGGUACGCCGCAUUUCAAAAGACUGAUAAGCACAGAGGAAAGAGAAAUCAAUGGUACUGCCACACUGCCUGGCAGCUUUUUAUGUACAGACAUUAUUAUUAUUAUUAUCAGGUAUGCUUUUGAGUUGCUAGCUGCUUUUACAUGUAGCUGUAUAAUCAAAAACAAAACAAAGCGUGACAAUGCAUGUGACAAUUUCAUGCCAAGAAACACUUGUAAAUAUUCAAAGGACUAUUCUGAGCUGUUAUAGUAUAUUACUGUUUAAGGAUGAUUUUAAUGUUGUAACCAUUGACAACCGCUCAUUUCCAAUGACAGUACACUCUUAAAAAUAAAUAUUGCUUAUGCUAUAUGUUCCAUAAAAGACCUUUAACAUCACAGAAGAUUUCUGCUGCACAAAGAAAACAGAAACGAUUCUUUGGAAGUCAUUGGAGUUUUUCCAAAUGUUUUUUUAAAAGUUUAUUAUUAACAUAAUGAGUGAACAGGUUAAUAGCAGGAUUCAAAUGUAAGGAUUGAGUAAAUUAGACUGUGGAUGAUGUUGUUUGUGUGUUUGCUUGUAAUAAUGGUACAUUGUGUUGUUGGUACAGGUUCUGUAUUGAGAAGGUCCUUAUUUUAUUUAAUAUCAUGAUGAAACAUUACACGUUAUGUUUUUCGAUCUUAUCACAUUUUAGGCUUUUGGUUGUAAAUAACAGUACAUUUUGCAUUUAUUUCAUCAUUUUUUUAUUAUGAUAGUUGCUUAUUAAAUCAUGCUGGACUAAUAACAUGAUGUGUGUGCAUGUUUUAUCCGCCAUUUACUGGCCAAUUCAUGUGUUAUUUAUAAAUCAAACAUGUUUAGCUCUAUGUUUACAUGAUCAUUUCAGUAAAACAUAGUAAGACAAAGCUAUUGAUAUUAUAUAUGUCAAUAUAAAUUACAAAAUAUACAUUUUUUUGGAAAGUGUCUGGAAACAAUCUUCAAUAGUUAGUUUUAUGUCACGUGGUAAAUAAAGAGCAUAUUCCCCUCGA